AUUAAAGUUACUUUUCCAAAAUUAAUUUAAAAUACCGAUUUUUCUCUAAUUUCUUAUUAAUUAUAGUUCAAAAUGGCAGACAAGCCCCAGAUCAGGAUUGGAAAUUAUAUUUUGGGAGAGACGCUAGGGACCGGUACUUUUGGAAAAGUGAAAAUUGGCAUUCACAGUUUGACUGGGCAUAAAGUUGCAGUGAAAGUCCUAAAUAGGGAGAAAAUAAAGAGCCUGGAUGUGGUGGGUAAGAUAAGAAGGGAGAUCCAGAAUAUGAAACUCUUUAGACAUCCACACAUCAUCAAACUAUACCAGGUUAUAAGCACUCCAACGGACAUUUUUAUGGUCAUGGAGUAUGUCGGAGGUGGAGAACUUUUUGAUUACAUCAUCAAACACGGAAAGCUCAAAGAAAGUGAGGCUCGAAAGUUUUUUCAGCAGAUAAUAUCCGGGGUUGAUUAUUGCCACCGUCACAUGAUUGUACAUCGAGAUCUUAAGCCUGAAAACCUGCUGUUUGAUAAAUAUCAGAAUGUUAAGAUUGCUGAUUUUGGGCUGUCCAACAUGAUGACAGAUGGGGAAUUCUUAAAGACGAGCUGUGGUUCGCCUAAUUAUGCGGCACCAGAGGUCAUUUCGGGAAAAUUGUACGCUGGUCCUGAGGUUGAUGUUUGGAGCUGUGGAAUUAUUUUGUAUGCUCUACUGUGUGGAACGCUUCCAUUUGACGAUGAGCAUGUUCCUACACUAUUCAGAAAAAUCAAAUCCGGAAUAUUCUCAGUUCCUGACCACAUGAAUAAAAAAGUUGUCAACUUAAUUAGACACAUGCUUCAGGUGGAUCCUAUGAAGAGGGCUACUAUUAAAAACGUCAGGGAGCAUGAAUGGUUCCAAGUAGACCUGCCUGAAUAUCUGUUUCCGUCGGCUGGCGACGUCGACGCUAGUGUAGUCGACACCGAUGCCAUUCGAGAAGUUUGCGAGAAAUGUUCAGUCUCAGAGGAGGAUGUUCAUAGUGCUCUGCUGAGUGCUGACCCACAGGAUCAGCUGGUCAUUGCCUACAACCUCGUCGUCGACAACAAAAGGAUUGCAGAUGAGACUGCGAAAAUUGAGAUCAGGGAUUUUUUCUUGGCCUCAAGUCCUCCGACUGAAUCUUUUAUGAUGAAUCAUCAUCAAAACUUCGGUCUUGGACCUCGAAGUCAUCCAGAUAGAAUGAAUGAUCCUCAUGUAACUACAACCCUGGAUCCAAUCGUUGAGAAGAAAGGAAUGCAUGUUAAAAAGGCCAAGUGGCAUUUAGGUAUAAGAUCACAGAGCAAGCCCAUGGAUAUAAUGCACGAAGUUUACAGAGCCAUGAAAUCAUUGGGCUACGACUGGAAAACAGUUAACAACUUUCAUAUAAGAGCAAGGAAGAAAAAUCCCAUCAACGAUAAAUAUAUAAAGAUGAGUUUACAGCUAUACCAAGUAGAUCAGAAGAACUAUCUUCUUGAUUUCAAAAGCCUCGACACCCAAGACCACCCUGACGCUGCCAGGGUAAAAAAGAUGACCCAAGCGGCCAGUAUGCAUUGGAGCAUGUCCACGGACGAUGUGAUUGACCUGGACAAAGCAAACAUCGAAGAUAAAGAAUACGGUGAGGAGGCUUCAACCAAUCAGAACCAUCAGAUUUUAGAAUUUUUCGAAAUGUGCUGCUCUCUCAUCUGCACCCUAGCUAGAAAUUAAACCAUUGCUCGGCUGUGAUUGGCUGGCUGACCGACUCCUUGACGUGAUUGGCUAGUUGAUGGUUGAUCUAUCGAUCAAUCAACCGAUUGAUUGAUUGACUAAUUGAUUAAUUAAUUGGUUGAUUGUUUGGAAAUUAUUUUUAUAUAGUUAAUUAGUUAAUUAUUGAUUCUUACCAUAGUCUUCGUGAUGGGACUGCAACUAAAUUUAACUGCUUCUUUUCAAUCAUUUUCGUAACUAUUUUCAUCAGAAGCCGUAGUUGUAAUUAUAACUAUAAUUAUAAAUAAAUUAUAGCUGUAAUAUAUUAUAACUAUAAUUAUUAAUAAAUUAUAGCUAUAGUUAUAUUAAUAAAUAAAUUAUCACUGCAACUGUUAUAUAUAAUGUUGAUUAAUUUUGCUGCAUAUUAUCUUCGGUGUAAUAAAUUUGUAAUAUAAUUUUGUGUGUAUAUAUAUAUAUAUUAUGAAUAUAUAAAAAUGUGCGCGUGUGUGUUCGCGUACAUUUAGAAAUUCGUCUUGAUUGAAUAGCUUUGUCUGAUUAAUAAGCGCCUAAAAAUUACUACCAACAUUAUACAAUAUUAUUAUAUAUAUAUAUGUGUGUGUGUGUCUGUGGGUGUGUGUGUGUGUCUGGGUGUGUGCGUGUGUGUGCACUUGAUCUUGUUUAAGCAAGAGCCAACGAUGAUAAAGAUAUUAAUUUAUUUUGGCUAAAAAAUAUGUGCUUUCCGUGGUGAUGUUAUUAUUAUUAUUAUUAUUAUA